AUGGUCGCUUUUCCCACCAUCUUACUUGCCCUCGGCAGCGCCGUGACAGCGCUUGCUUCCCCGCUCAGCCUCAUCCUCGAGGCUCAAGCAGCAGAGGAGGGCAACCUGACCGCGCGCUCGACGCCCGCCGGACAAGGCACCAGCAACGGCUUCUUCUACUCUUUCUGGACCGACGGUCAGGGCUCCGUGACCUACAACAACGGCGCAGCCGGCCAGUACGACGUCACCUGGUCCAACGUCGGCAACUUCGUGGCAGGGAAAGGCUGGAACCCCGGCGCGCGCCGCACGGUGACAUACUCGGGGACCUGGAAUGCCGCAAGCGUGAACUCGUACGUGUCGCUGUACGGCUGGACGCGCGCGCCGCUGAUCGAAUACUACAUCGUCGAGUCCUACGGCUCGUACAACCCCAGCACGGGCGCGACCAAGAAGGGCACCGUCACCUCUGACGGCGGCACGUACGACAUCUACCAGACGACACGGACCAACCAGCCGAGCAUCGACGGCACGCAGACGUUCGAGCAGUUCUGGAGCGUGCGCCAGGUCAAGCGUGUGGGAGGCAGUAUUACGACGGGGAACCAUUUCGAUGCGUGGGCCAAAGUCGGGCAGACGCUGGGGACACAUAAUUAUCAGAUUCUUGCGACCGAGGGCUAUCAGAGUAGCGGGAGUGCGUCCAUUACGGUGAGUGGACCCUGA